AUGGAUACAGGUAAACCUUGCGGCGCGGUACAAGCAUCUCAUCUUGAGAACAUCAAUCAGUCACCCAUAGAAGUUAGCGACAUAGACUCGGAUAUAGACGGAGACAGCGAGUAUCAAGCAAUUAUUCUGCUUCCUCCUCCUAAUGAUGGCAGAAUGAGUAGAGAGGGGUCUCGAAACUCUAAUAUUCGCUCCGGCCAUCGUCCACAUGCCUUAGAUCGGCGAAGCAGUAGCCGAAACGAAUCUGCAUCAAUCAAAAGAAACGGAAAAAGUCCAAUUGACCUGACUCCAGAAUUAUCAAAAGUAUCAACUCAAGACCCGAAGCCAAGUAGCUUUGAUGGGAAAAUGGAGGCAAAAGAUAAGCUGAGGACUAACAUUAAUAGAUGGCCAACAGCAACAGGACGGAUAGAUUUCGCCCCAGAGGUACGUCCAUUUUUAUUUUUGGUACAAAAGGCAAUCUACUAUGGGUGA